AAGGGUGGGGCGCCCGGACUGCCGGAAGCGGGCUGGGCCGGCGUCUGUGAGCGCCACCUGCGCUUCCGGGGACCUAGCGAGUGGCUCUAACCGCUUCCCGGUAGGCGGCGCGGGAGGAGAGAAGUUUGAGGGGCUGGGCCGGGCGGAUCCCCUCGUCUCCAAAUGUGAGCAGUUUCUGAACCCCCGUCCGGCGAGAGCUGCCCAGAGAGGUGGAGCCGGUGGACAGGCCAGGAACAUGAGGCAGUGUCUCCUCUUCCUGACCAGCUUGGUUCCUUUCGUGCUGGCACCGCGACCUCCGGACGACCCGGGCUUUGGCUCCCACCAGCGACUCGAGAAGCUUGAUUCUUUGCUCUCAGACUAUGAUAUCCUCUCCUUAUCAAAUAUCCAGCAGCACUCGGUAAGAAAAAGGGAUCUACAGGCCUCGACACAUUUAGAAACACUACUAACUUUUUCAGCUUUGAAAAGGCAUUUUAAAUUAUACCUGACAUCAAGUACUGAACGUUUUUCACAAAAUUUCAAAGUUGUGGUGGUGGAUGGUAAAGAUGAAAGCGAGUACACUGUAAAAUGGCAGGACUUCUUCACUGGACACGUGGUUGGUGAGCCUGACUCUAGAGUUCUAGCCCAUAUAGGAGAUGAUGAUGUUACAGUAAGAAUCAACACAGAUGGGGGAGAAUAUAACAUAGAGCCACUUUGGAGAUUUAUUAAUGAUACCAAAGACAAAAGGAUGUUAGUUUAUAAGUCUGAAGAUAUCAAGAAUGUUUCACGUUUGGAGUCUCCAAAAGUGUGUGGUUACUUAAAAGUGGAUAAUGAAGAGUUGAUUCCAAAAGGCCUAGUAGACAGAGAGCCCCCUAAAGAGCUUGUUCAUCGGGUGAAGAGAAGAGCUGAUCCAAAUCCCAUGAAGAACACAUGUAAAUUGUUGGUGGUGGCAGAUCAUCGCUUUUAUAAAUACAUGGGCAGAGGGGAAGAGAGUACAACUACAAAUUACUUAAUAGAGCUGAUUGAUAGAGUUGAUGACAUCUAUCGGAACACUUCAUGGGACAAUGCGGGUUUUAAAGGCUAUGGAAUACAGAUAGAGCAGAUUCGAAUUCUCAAGUCUCCACAUGAGGUAAAACCUGGUGAAAGGCACUAUAAUAUGGCAAAAAGUUACCCAAAUGAAGAAAAGGAUGCUUGGGAUGUGAAGAUGUUGCUAGAGCAAUUUAGCUUUGAUAUAGCUGAGGAAGCAUCUAAAGUCUGCCUGGCACAUCUUUUCACGUAUCAAGAUUUUGAUAUGGGAACUCUUGGAUUAGCUUAUGUUGGUUCUCCCAGAGCAAACAGUCAUGGAGGUGUUUGCCCAAAGGCUUAUUAUAGUCCAGUUGGGAAGAAAAAUAUCUAUUUGAAUAGUGGUUUGACCAGCACAAAGAAUUAUGGUAAAACCAUUCUUACAAAGGAAGCUGACCUGGUCACAACUCAUGAAUUGGGACACAAUUUUGGAGCAGAACAUGAUCCGGAUGGUCUAGCAGAAUGUGCCCCAAAUGAGGAUCAGGGAGGAAAAUAUGUCAUGUAUCCCAUAGCUGUGAGUGGUGAUCAUGAGAACAAUAAGAUGUUUUCAAACUGCAGUAAACAGUCAAUCUAUAAGACCAUCGAAAGUAAGGCCCAGGAGUGUUUUCAAGAACGCAGCAACAAGGUGUGUGGGAAUUCGAGGGUGGACGAAGGAGAGGAGUGUGAUCCCGGCAUCAUGUACCUGAACAACGACUCCUGCUGCAACAGUGACUGCACUCUGAGGGAGGGCGUGCAGUGCAGUGAUAGGAACAGUCCUUGCUGUAAAAACUGUCAGUUUGAGACUGCCCAGAAGAAGUGCCAGGAGGCUAUUAAUGCUACCUGCAAAGGCGUGUCUUACUGCACAGGUAACAGCAGUGAGUGUCCUCCUCCAGGAAAUGCUGACGAUGACACAGUUUGCUUGGAUCUGGGGAAGUGUAAGGAUGGGAAGUGCAUCCCCUUCUGUGAGAGGGAACAGCAGCUGGAGUCCUGUGCAUGUAAUGAGACUGACAACUCGUGCAAGGUGUGCUGCAGGGACCUUUCUGGCCGGUGUGUGCCUUACGUGGAUGCUGAGCAGAAGAACUUAUUUUUGAGGAAAGGAAAGCCCUGUACAGUAGGAUUUUGUGACAUGAAUGGCAAAUGUGAGAAACGAGUACAGGAUGUCAUCGAGCGAUUUUGGGACUUCAUUGAUCAGCUGAGCAUCAAUACUUUUGGGAAAUUUUUAGCAGAUAACAUCGUAGGGUCCGUCCUGGUUUUCUCCUUGAUAUUUUGGAUUCCUUUCAGCAUUCUUGUCCAUUGUGUGGAUAAGAAAUUGGAUAAGCAAUAUGAAUCUCUGUCACUCUUCCACCCUAGUAAUGUUGAAAUGCUGAGCAGCAUGGAUUCAGCGUCGGUUCGAGUUCUCAAACCACUUCCUGCACCCCAGACUCCAGGCCGCCUACAGGCUUCCCCUGUGAUCCCAGUAGUAGCUGUGGCUCCGAAGCUGGACCACCAGAGAAUGGAUACCAUUCAGGAGGACCCCAGCACAGACUCGCAUGUGGACGAGGACGGUUUUGAGAAGGACCCCUUCCCAAACAGCAGCACAGCUGCCAAAUCAUUUGAAGAUCUCACAGACCAUCCAAUCACCAGAAGUGAAAAGGCCACCUCCUUUAAACUGCAGCGUCAGAAUCGUGUUGACAGCAAAGAAACAGAGUGCUAGUUUAGGGCUCCAUAUUUUAGGCUCUUUUGACUUAGGUGCAAAAUAUUUUUAUAGAUUUGACCUAAAAUCACAGCAUAUGUUUAGUGAAGAUUUGGAAGAAACGAGGAAGUGACUAACAGCAGAUGCUGGUCAUGUGUUUGAACUUCCUGCGUGUAAAUAACACUGUGUGGUGAGGCCCUUUUCCUUUGAAGAGGUAAGGUGAAUCUAGCUUAUGUUGAGGCUUUCAGGUUUUAGUUUUUGUGAACUUAAAAUAUCUUUUGACCUGUGGUGGAAAAGCAGACAAUACAGGUGAAUUAGGCUAUAAAUAUUUACAUUUUUGUAAAUUAACUUUUUAUAUUAACAGCACUGAUUAGGGAGAUGAUCAGUUUUUCUUUUGUAUACACUGUAAUUGAUCCGUUGAAUACAUAAUGAGGCACUUAGCAGUUAUUUGUGAGGACAACUGGAACACAGAACAGAUUUAUUUAUUUAUCUUCAAGUAGAGACAAAGGAAUGAGAUAAACCCGAUUAUACGUUAUCUCUAAAAAGUAGGUCUUUUUCUAGGUAUUUCCCAGAGCUUUUAUUACAUGUCUAAAAGUAGAAAUCAUUUGGAUUGAUAUGCCUCAUCCUACUUCUGAGGCUAAUACUUUCUAGAAUUAAAACAAUCUAGCUUGGGCGCCAGCCCCAUAUACCAAGGGUGGCGGGUUCCAACCCAGCCCUGGCCAAACUGCAACAAAAAGUAGCCGGGUGUUGUGGUGGGCGCCUGUAGUCCAGCUGCUCGGGAGGCUGUGGCAAGAGAAUCGCGUAAGCCUAGGAGUUGGAGGUUACUGUGAGCCAUGUGACGUCAUGGCACUCUACCCGAGGGCGGUACAGUGAGACUCUGUCUCUAAUUCCUGGUUUGUUUUUCCAUGUUUUAUAAUUAUCUUCAUUCCCCCCUAAUACUGUUACCAUGCUUUUAAAAAAUUCACUGUCCACAAACCCUGAACUACUAAAUACAAUCAGAAAGAGCAUGGUUGCCUGUUUUCAAACACAAGAGGGUGAGGUAUUUCAUACCAGAGAUUAGGUGGUUGAAUAGGCUGAGGGGUGACGAAUUAGCAGGGGAAGAAAUGCUCCUGCCCUGGGUGGGGCCUGUCCCCCUAAGAAGAGAUACCCUAAAGCCCUUGUCGGUGACCCACAGUGGGUAUUAGAAUCACUUCUUGCUUUAGUGCUUCAGGAUUCCAGAUGAUCUGUAUUUACCGAAGGGUAAAAGUCGUUACUCUGAUUUGUUUUCCAUAAAAUUAGUUCACAAUUUUACAUCCUCAGAACUGAAGUGUCCUCACCAGGCAACACAUUUUAACUGAGAUAACUUGUAAACUUUUAGGGCAAUUAACCAAACCUGUGACAAAUCAUGCCUUUUCCCCCUCUGAGGAUGUUUGUUACACAGAUACUUGUUACACUAAUACUUGAACUUUGUGCCUUAUGGGAUUUGCUAUCUUUUAACUAGGUACAAUAUUCUUACAUUUUAGUUACACUUUCAGAAUUUGAUAUAAGGUGAAUGGGGUGUGUGGGUGUACGUAUGAGUGAAACAGUUCUCAUCAGAAUGUAAAAAAAACAUUUUUAUAAAAUUGUGACUUUUUAAAAAAAAUUGCCUUACCUUUUUGCCAUAUAUAGAAUUUAUAAGCUGCUCAGGGUAUAUCUUAUAGCCAUGGCACUAACAUCUGCACCAAGCAAUAAAUAUUUACUAUCAAAA